AUGGAGCUUCUUGUAAAUAUAAGAAAAUGGAUAGAAGAAAACAAAGCUGCCUUUUUGCCACCUGUGUGCAAUAAGCUUAUGCAUCGCUGUCAAUUAAAUGUGAUGUUUGUUGGAGGGCCAAAUGAAAGGAAGGAUUAUCAUAUUGAAGAAGGAGAAGAGCUUUUUUACCAGGUUAAAGGAGAUAUGUGUUUGAAGAUAAUUGAAAGCGGGAAACAAAAAGACAUUGUGAUCCGAGAAGGGGAGAUGUUCCUCCUACCUGCUAGGAUACCUCAUUCUCCUCAGAGAUACGCAGACACUGUGGGUCUUGUGAUUGAGAGGGAAAGAUUAAAGACAGAAAUUGAUGGUCUCAGAUACUAUGUUGGAGAAUCAACUAAUGUCCUCUUUGAAAAAUGGUUUCACUGUGAAGAUCUCGGCACUCAACUUAUACCAAUAAUUCAAGAGUUUUUCAAUUCAAGACAAUAUCAAACUGGAAAACCAAAUCCAGAUGAACUCCUGAAAGAAACACCUUUCCCACUAAAUUCCACUUCUGUUAUGGAGCCAUUUUCCUUCCAAGGCUGGUUAAAUGAUCAUCGUGGCGAAAUAAAAGAGAAGAAAUCCUUGAGUAUGUUUGGAGAUAACUUUGAAACAGAGGUUAUAGCUUACGGUCCAGGAACAACUGAGAAGACUAAAAAGUAUUCAGAUAUCUGGAUAUGGCAGCUGGAGGGCACAUCUACUGUUACUAUGGAUGGUAAAACCCUGACUCUAUCUGCUGGUGACAGCCUGCUUGUGUGUGCCCAGUCUAUGUACUACUGGAAGAGAACAGAAGAAUGUGUUGCUCUCUGCAUUGCUCAGGAUCCAAAACGCAAGCAGCCUUAUACCUAG